AAAAAUAAUGUAUCUAGAUGAAUAUAUCUAAAUAAUAUGUCAGCUCAAUAUACUAAAUUAAGAUUGAGGAAAAACACGAGAGAAACCAUAAUGUCUUCGGGAGAAAAAAAAACUACAUUGGUCGCAUGUGGAAGUAAUCGAGGAACGCUUCCAGUCGACGACAGUUUAUGACGUUGAGCUCUAUUUUUUGGGUCCAUAUCAAUACUUUCUGAUGAAUUGCACGGACGUUUGCCAUUGGAAAUUACUUAUUUCUCAAGCCAAAAAGAAAGAGGAUCCGCUAACGCCACAAUAGUAGCAGGCAUGUCAGAGUCUGGUCACACGCGGUUUUGUGCAAUUAACGUUAGCUAGCUACUGUGUUUUCCUUUCGUGAACUGCUCUGUCUUGUCAGACAUAUUUAGUAACGUUAAUGUAUUAUUGCAGAAAUGUAACAGGAGUCGACUGUAGUUGCUAGCAAACGUUACAUAAAACCAGUCUUACCAAAUAAUAGAAGAGGAGAGAGGACUUAAACGUUACAUGUUGGACACUGUGUUUUCCUUUCGUGAACUGCUCUGUCUUGUCAGACAUAUUUAGUAACGUUAAUGUAUUAUUGCAGAAAUGUAACAGGAGUCGACUGUAGUUGCUAGCAAACGUUACAUAAAACCAGUCUUACCAAAUAAUAGAAGAGGAGAGAGGACUUAAACGUUACAUGUUGGGCAUUAGCUACAAGGUAGCGUUGCAACUUGGCAAUAAUACUUAACGUUACCUAGCUUAGCUUUACUUGCUAGCGUACUAGUGUGGGUUCGCUACUUUGACAGCUCUCAUUGCUCUUAACACUUGCAAUAUUAGCUACUAAUGUUACUACAGCGAACACCUUAGUUAAAGUUAGUUAGCUCGCUGAAUUAUCUGGUUGGCAGUGCCGUUGAGCAUUCAACGGGUAACGAACCUAGCCAUCUUAUUUUAAGUUAUUUGUACGAACAUAUUUGCCCUAUUUUGCCACAAUGUUCAAGCUUUGUCUUCAGGUAGCUCUACGACCCACCAUCCCAACAAGAGCAGUGCUGGAAAGUGUCACGGUCAGAAAGGUUUUGAAGGUGUCCCACUUGCAAAGUUGUUGGAUGGGAACGCUCGGACGCAACGAGCCGCGGGAACCCCUAAACUCUCCGAAAAGAGCGAAAGAAUUCAUCUACAGCCUUCACCCCAAAGAAAGAAAAUGCUUGCUGAAAGAACUGCAGAGCUUUGAAUCCAUAGCUAUAGCUCAAGACUCUGAAGUGUCCAGCUGCACAAGCCAGUUGCAUGGCCAGAGUGAGACACCUGAAGGAGAAGUGGGGUUACAGGAGACUCAAGAGGCUUCACCGCUUACUCGAGCUCAGAUCAAAUACGUGCUUCUACACAAUGCGAUCCCCUUUAUUGGUUUUGGCUUUCUGGACAAUGCCAUCAUGAUUGCAGCAGGAACCCAGAUUGAGUUGUCAAUAGGUGUCACCUUUGGAUUAUCUACCAUGGCAGCUGCAGCUCUUGGGAACCUAGUGUCAGACCUGGCUGGACUUGGUCUUGCCGGAUACGUGGAGGUCCUAGCCUCCAGGCUAGGGAUGCAGGUUCCUGACCUCACACCCAAGCAGGCGGACAUGUGGCAGACCAGGGUUAGCUCCCACGUGGGAAAAGGCAUUGGAGUCACAAUCGGAUGCAUUCUCGGAAUGUUCCCCCUGUUAUUCCUAGGGGAUGAUGAGGAUGAGAGCAAGAAAAAAGAAGCACACACCAACACCACAGACUCUUAACAGCAUGUGAACCAGCUUUCUGGUCUCAGGGUCAAUUGCAAGCUGCAUCAUCAGCAUGAUUUUAAAUGAAUCUCUAACUCUGGAAAACCUUUCUUCUCUAUUUCAUAAUAUAAUACAUGUAAUUUAUCCAAAGCGACAUAGUCAUGGGUACACACAUUUUACUUUUGGGUGGUCCCGGUAAUCGAACCCACUGUGCUGGCGUUGCAAGCGCCAUGCUCUACCAACUGAGCUACCAAAUAACCUUCCAAAAAUGUACUAUGAGCCAUUAGUUUUACAAAGUAGUUGCAUUUGAUGGCAAGUUAUUUUCAUAGGAUGGAUUUUGUAGAUGAAUUUGCCUAGGAGUUGAAAAUGAGUUUGAGAUGACUUUAAACCAAUGUUUUAAGAUUGUGAAACAAAGGAACACGUGUGAACUGCUACCUCGAUGGCAUUUUAUUUUUUGGGAUUUGAAAUGGCAAGAGUUGAACUAGCUUGUGCAAUAUAUAUUUUUUGUUGAGGAAUUGCUGUACAGUAUAUUAUGCAUUGAACUUUAUUGAUUUAGUUUGUCAACAAGUAACAAGCAAUUACGCUAUGAUUAUUAGCACUACCAAACCUGUUUUUCAGACGCAUAAUUACAAACAUACCUCUACUAUACGCGCACUAAAUUGAGUGGGUGUAAUGCCUUGGGUUCCUAGCAUGUCAGGCUUAAGCUGCCUAUCUUUUCUAACUGCUGAUCUAUGUCUCUUAGCUUUCACAUUUAUUUUUAGCAAAGCCAAUUUUCACAGUCCAUACCAUAGAAGUGCCUCACUUUAUUUUCUUCACAUCACUCUAACCAACUGUAUUUUUAUGACCUUUUUAAAAACCAGCACGUAGGAGAUUUUAUUUUGUGAAGUAUUAAACUUCAUGUUUGAAAGAACGUCAUUGUUAAUAUGCUUGAUUUUAAAGAAAUUAAGGAAACGAAGUAAGCUGAACAACAGAGUAAAACUGUUCACUCACUGUUUGUUGAAAUGCAAUUACAGCACCUACUAUUCCGUUGCCAUUAUGAUUGAAUUUUUGUAGGAUAGUUACUGUUUGUUCACUGAUAGACAACCAUUUGCAUAUGGUGGCCUAAUCAAACUAGUCAUUUAUUGUGUGAAAGGAUCUUCUUUGUGUUUUCUGUCUAUGAAUAUUGGUUUUCGUUUUUCCGUUUGCCUUUUCGUAUUCCAGUAAAUGCAGUACUUAAACUGGAAUGCCCCUCACCAUGCUGCUGUAUUUCCUCAUGAACUGUAGUGAAUGUUCAUAAUGACCCUUAUUAUUUGAACUAUUACUGCCAAAUGCAGUUUUUUUUGUUGUCACCAAAGUACUUGGCUGUAAAAAAAAAAAACCUGCAUAUUUUGGCACAACCAGACUGAUAAGAAAACAGGCACCAAGGUGCUUUGAUGGGUUUUGUUUGAAAGCAAUGAAAAUGUUCUGUGUGACUAGUAUUUCUGCAGUUUGAUCAUGGUCUCACUCCAUCCUUUUCUUCAGCGCUAAUAGAAGCCAUGCACUUAUUCCUCACCUCCUCUGCCCUCUGGUGGACGGAGACAUUUUGUAUCUGCCCCGACUCGUUCUCCCUACUGCUUAUCCUCCUGGCGUCCUCUGGUCUUGCUUGUUGCACCACUGUUCUGGGCUUGCUGGAGACUCCUGGUCACAUGUGCCCUUCAGCUGUUUUAGGCUCUACGGCUCCAGAGACCCUUGAUCCACACGCUCUGUUCUCUUCUAUUUGGUGUUUGUCUAACUCCACUCGUCUUCUCUAUAGUCUCGGAAAUCCCAGACAUAUGUUGGAACAUAUUAAUGUGGAAGGUAAGCCAUCUUGCAUCUCUAGAAUGUAUUUGGCUCUUGCCAAUUCUCCUGCAAUCUCCAUGGGAUGACUCCAUCUCAUCUGUCUUUCACCUGAACACUUGUUCUCUAUCCCAAACAUGUACAUCAAGUUUCCUUCAAUCUCGUUUGGUGUUCUGUUCUCCAGUUUGAUUCCUGUGGUAUGGUUCUCUGUGUUUGUCUGUUUUGCCAUUUUAUUUUAUUUAUUUUACUAGGCAAGUCAGUUAAGAACAAAUUCUUAUUUUCAAUGACUGCCUAGGAACAGUGGGUUAACUGCCUGUUCAGGGGCAGAACGACAGAUUUGUACCUUGUCAGCUCGGGGAUUCGAACUUGCAACCUUUCGGUUACUAGUCCAACGCUCUAACCACUAGGCUACCCUGCCGCCCCUGUGUCUGUAUCUGAACCUCACUCCCUGUCAUUGCUUUCCAACUCUUCUCUCCCCUCUUGGCUAUUGGUCCACCAUGAUAGUGGUGUCCUCUCACCAUGAUAUCAAAGCACACCUCGUCUGAUUCUUUUUUCUCUUUGUCACCAUAUGAUAGAAAGUCUGGCAUGGUAAUAAGAACUAUUUAAACAAACAUGGACUUAUCUAAUGCUCAUCCCCACUCCCAUGUAAAUGACAGGCACAUACAAUGUAUCUAUGCUGCCAUGUAUACAUACUUAUGCCAACAAAAAUAGAGAACAUACUGUUUGAUCGCUCUUGUAUUUUGCAAUGAUUUAAUAAACCGAUUGGAACUAUUUCACCA